CCUCUCUGGCUGCAAUGCGCGCUCCCGACACAGGGGGCGCGGAUUUUCACAGGGUAACAGAAUUUCGCACAAGAGCGGUCUUGUGUGGAGCGGUGUUAAUAGUUUCAGGCCGGACGUAUUUUUGGAGCUACACCGCCAACAUGGACGCUGGUUCUCAGCGUGUUUUACAGUAUUUAACAGAAGUUGAAGAGGCAGCUGAGGACGUUCUCACUACUAAACAACAGAUCGUAGACCUGGACAUGAAGAGGAACAGGAACAGGGAGGCGCUGAGCGCUCUGAAACAUGACAUGGCAGACACAGAAAAAGUCAAGGUGUGCUUUGGGAACAUGUUCCUCAAAUUCCCCAAAUCCAAAGCAAGAGAGAUGAUCCAGAAAGAUCAGGAGCAGCUUGACAAGGAGAUCAGCGAUCUUCGUAGAAGCCUGAAAGCAAAAGUCAACUGUCUCAAUGAGAUGCAAGGAAACCCUGAGCUCAGAGGCUACAACCUGUCUCCACUGUCCGCUGAAGAAUUGAAAGCUAUUAACAGCCUCCUGAGGAGGUGACCUGCUGGAGCCACGUUUCUCUUCACAGCUCUGCCAAACAGACGGACAGAUCCAAGAAAUCCUACAGUGAACAUGUGUGAAAAUGUUCCUACGUGGGUCCUCCAGGACAAAUACUUAGCAACAGUUAUCAGGGCUCAUAACCGGCCAGAAGCCUUGGACUGGUCCCUUUUUUUAAGGCUGUUGCAGCCUUGGUACUGAAUUUAAGCGUUUAUGUUUUGAGUUUAUUGGUUAUAGCCUCUUUUUAUCCCCCACAUUCUGAUUAAAAACAGAACUAAUAAAAGAGUUUCUGGGUGUCCACGUCCAUCUUUAGGCUGCGGAUUUUCCUCAAAAUUGUCUGACCUUGAAAAAAACACAGUGAAAGUUUAUUGAGUUUGGCGAUUUCUGGCAAACCAUGUCCAGCUCAAGGACGCUGCAUCCCUCAGGUCCUGUGUCAGAACUUUACUGGGUUAUUGAAGCAGCUUUCUUAAAGAACCCCUUCAGUUGUAAGUAACUUUUUAUGCCUUUUCCUAUUGUGUGUGUGUAGCCUGGU